CAAAUCCUACUUUUGAAUUGAAUCGCCUUUUAGGGUUUAAUCCAAUCAGCCUAGUGAUAGGACGUCGCGACACAAAGAAACCGAGUGAUUACAAAAAGUCACGAACUCUGUGUCUCUCUAAUUUUUUAUUUUAUUUUAUAUAUAGCAUUCUUUUAUCCUCGCAACCCAACCAUGAGCGAACACGAUAUUUUGUCUAAUGCGAUAGAUUCCGUGAGCAAUAAUGUCGAUAAUCAACGUGAAGGGCUACACCAAGCUUUAAACAAAGCACUUGAAGGAAAUGCAAAUAUGAUGCGUAUUUUGAGUGAGCUCAUGGAGACGUCAUAUGUAACCAAGGUUUACUUGUCUAGUGAGAUUAACCCAAAUGAUGAUGGUAGUGUCAAUGUUGACUUGACUAUCCAUAACGCGACUUCUUUCCCAAUCGUCUUAUUAACUGGUGAAAUCGAUUUUGUUGGACCCGAGGUCGAAUAUUUUACAGAGGGCAGUGUGUUCCAGUCACCCAAAAAUGUGAAUCCUUUAAAAAAGAUUCAAGAGUCGAUUCGAUUCAUAUCCGUAUCCGAUAGACCGAUUCAUGGUAAAGGUGUGAUUACAUUAAAGCAUCCACAUCCCACCACUGGUGAAAUGUUGGAGCAUACUCACACGUUUGGAAUUUAUGUCAUUGAUCAACUAACUAGAACCAAUGUGGACAAAUCGGGAUCGCAUAAAUUUCAAAAAAAAUCGUAUCCAGUAAAGUUCAUUCGUGAUAUUUUGGAGAUCCAUCCUAUAAAAGGCAUUGAAAUUGGGAUGUGUACCGAAUUAUCCAGGAAAAAUUUUAAAAUAGUAUGUCAAAUUAUAGGAUUCUCCAAUGAUCUCGCCAAUGCAGAAAUAGAGUUUUCUAGCGACGAAAAAGAAACUAACCAAGUUGUGACAAGACUAACAGAGGAAUUCGAUGUAUUAAGUGGCUAAUUUUUUAUUUUUUUAUAUGUACAAUAA